UAACUCAACGGAUCGUUGUGUUGGCGUCUUCUAUAUAUUCAUCCGACUCUGUCCUUCCUUUCAACUUCAGAAUUUCUCAGGGAUUAUAAUGAGAGAGAUGAGAAGAAAUCGCACUCGUCGUAGAGUGGUUAAAAGCAAUUGUAAUGUAUGGUGUCUACCAGAGGAAGUUUUAGUUUUGCUUGUAAAGGGGCUUCCAGCAAAAGACUUGUUAUCAAUGCGUGCAGUCCAUUCCAAAUUCAGAAAUAUCAUAGACACGAAUCCGUCCAUAUGGUCAACAGUUAAUUUUCGAGGAGAAUGGCCAUCACCAGGAAACCACCAACACUUUGAAAGGGCGGCAGAGCAUGGAAAUAUUGAAGCAAUCAUUAAAAUGGGCGUAGCUUACUUGUACAAUGAAGGAAUAACAGUUGCCGAACAUGGGAAAGCCGACAACAACAGUAGCCAGACAUCCAAAUAUUUUUGUCAAGCAGAAGAGUUGAGUGGGUCACCAUUUACGUGGCUGUUUAUCCGUCCUCCAUGGUCCGCCAGCGGUACUUGCUGUAAAGCAAUGGUUUUUAACAAUAUGAAAAAUCACUGCAAACAGAAGCAGUCGUCUAGCAAAUCAACAAUGUAUUGUAUUGCUAAAAUUCUAAGCUUAUUUGAUGAUGAAGUGAAACAGAAAGAAGCUGUAGAAUGGUACCAAGAGGCGUCCAAUCAGGGAUCAUCGUAUGCUGCUUUAGUUGCCUGGGAAAGUUUACAAAGUCAAGACUUUUCAGAUCCAGGUAGCAGUUUACACAGUAUUAGGCAACUCCGGGAAUGUGCAAAGUCUAAUUGUAUUGAUGCAAAGCUUGCCCUUUUUAAACAUUACGCUAAAGGUCAGUUUGGUGGGUUGUGUAAAGAGCAGGUGUGUGAGACUGUUUUUCAGUUUGUUUUGGAGUCCAGAUCCACCAACACGCAUCGCAUGUUUGAAUUCCAGUCAGGACUUAAUACAAGUAUGAGGUACAUAUUGGUUGAUUGGUUAGUGGAAGUCACAGGUAUGAAAGAUUUUUCCAAUCUCACCUUGCACACUGCUGUGAGGUGUAUAGAUAGAUAUUUAAUGUUACAACCAACAACCAGAGCCAAUUUACAAUUACUAGGGAUAUCUGCUAUGGUUAUAUGCUCCAGGCUUUUAGAAAAAGACAUUGUAACAAUACGAGAAGCUGCGUGGUUGACAGAUGGCACCUAUUCUUAUGAGGAAGUAGUAAGAAUGAUGGGAGAAAUUGUAGCAGUCUUGCAUGGUCAGAUCAGGAUUCCCACAGUACUAGAUUACUUACAUUUGUUCUGUGACUUGGCAGCUGUUGACAAACAAACGGAAUGCCUAGCAAUGUUUAUAACAGAGAUGACAUUACUUCACGUUGAGUUUGGCUUGUUCACUGUGGCGAACUUGGCCGCUAGCGCUGUGUUCCUUGCUAGGGUGCUACUUCUCCAAGAUUUCCCAUGGCCAAAUCAUAUGGUGGAUUUUACAUUCUUUACAGUGGAUGACAUCACACCUUGUGCUUUACUGUUGUUUAGAAAAUGUUUUGUUGAGCCAUCUUUGACAGACCAUAGAGAUGUCACAUUGAUGGCAGUGAAGCAAAGAUACUCAGAGGAAAAUCGUCUGGAAGUUGCUAAAAUUGAGGUGAUGGACUACACAGAGUUGUGUAACUUGCUUGGUGCACGUCCUGUAACGGAAUGUGACGAUUCCUUGACUACAUCUACGGAUCAAGAACAGUGCAAGAUGGACUUCCUCUCACCAAAUAAAGAUAGGAUGGACCAAUCAGAGUUGAGCAAAGAUCGUGACAGCAUGGUUGUCACACCAAUCGUAGAAUUAUCUGAGAGUUGCCAUGAGAACAGUAUAUCUUGUAAUGAAUUGGGCAAUGCUAGUUUUGACUCUGUUGGUACUGGUUAUGAAGGUGAUAGAGAGAGUGAAGGAGAAAUGGAAGUAGAAAUAGAGGAUGAAGAUUGGUCAAUGGAGAUCGCUGAAAAUAUUGAAAGACCUAAGGGUAUAUCAGCACGGCUAUCUCAAGAGACAUUCAGUGCAAUAGUUUCCGUGGAUACAUUAAAGUACAAACAUUCAUCAGCUGAGACCAGUAACAGUGAUACAGCAUCUGCUUCGUUUUUGCGCAAUGAUGGCAAGUCAAAGAUGAAACCACCAAGUUCUGCAAGGGCAUACCGGAUCAAUUCUGGUGGCAAACUUUCUCCAUGUAAAAAUUCUGUCUUGAGGCCAGUGCAGAAUGUUUAUGCAGGGAGGCUCAGAGGACAUAGUAAAAAUGUACCACAUAAAAAUGUGUCCAGAAGACAGAAGUUCCAUAAUAACAGUAUUGAAAACAGUCAGCUUCACAAACUCAGGUGA